AUGGCAACUACAAAAGUUCAUCAUCUUCAUAAAUCCACAAAGACCCCAACUGCGACUCUGUGCUAUGAAGUAUCAACAAGUAAUGCCAAUAGAAUAUGGAAAAAUGGUGCCGUCCUUGAAGAUCAGGGCCAACUCUUGUGUUUGCAAGUCGCCUACACCGUCUUCACUUCUAAUCUUUUCUACUGCAUCCUCAAACCCCUUCGUCUGCCUCGCAUUGUUGCAGAGAUUCUCGCUGGUUUCACUUUAAGUCCUCUUUGUUUGGGACAUACCGUAAUAGGGAAGACGCUUUUAAAUCCAAUCGGAGUCCUCAAUAUCGAAACCUACGCAAAUGUUGGGCUCAUGUGCUAUGUCCUUCUUAGCGGUUUGGAAAUGAACUUAGAUACCUUUCUACGAAUCCGAAAGAAGGCCAUAAGCAUCGCCAUUGCUGGGAUUAUCGUUCCAGCGGCGAUUGGAGCGGGCCUUUUUGCUAUGUUACGGCAAUUUUAUGAAAAAUCUGCUGUAGAAUCGCAUUUCCGUGAGGAUGAAAAGUAUGUCAUUGAAGCUUAUUUAUUCUGGAGUUUGGCUCUGAUCGUCACAGGUUUUCCAGUCCUUGCUCGAAUGCUCACUGACCUCAAGCUCCUCAAUACCAAGCUAGGCAAAAUCACUUUAACUACAGCCAUGAUUAGCGACACCUGUGGCUGGUUUCUGUUUGUAAUAUUGAUUCCAUUUUCCAGUAACGGUGGAAAACCAGUAUUGUCGGUGCUAAGCACUUUAUUGUUCAUCCUUGUCUGCAUCUUUGUCGUACGUCCUAUCAUUAACCGAUACAUCAAUUACAAAACCGACACGGAUACAUGGGAGACUUCUCAGCUAGCCGGUGUACUGUUGUUGGGCGUAAUCGUUUGUUCCUAUAUUACAGAUGCAUUUGGCACACACGCCAUCGUUGGAGCUUUUGUGUAUGGGCUUAUUUUACCUAAUGGGAAGUUUGCUGAUCUGGUGAUGGCAAAAGUAGAUGAUUGUGCUUCUGGGAUUAUAUCGUCGCUUUUCUUCUUCCGUAUUGGCUUAACAGUUAACUUGCUGAUGGUUGCACCACAAAAAUAUUGGCCGUUGAUGGCUCUGGUUAUCGUCUUGCUAUUCGUCCCUAAAGUCCUGAGCACCUUGUUAGCUACCUUUUUCUUCAAUGCAUCCGCUCGAGAUGGUGUGGGUAUUGGGCUACUUCUCAACACCAAAGGCGUCUUGGCAGUGAUAAUUCUGAACAUAGCCUGGGAUAGAAAGAUUUUAUCCGUGGUAUAUUUCACAAUUAUGCUGUCUGCGGCCUUUCUAAUGACUAUCUUGGCGCCAAUUUUCAUUAGCGUCAUGUACAACCCAAGAAAGCGCUUUGAGAUGUACAAGUUAAGGACUGUCCAGAAGCUAAGGCCUGAGACAGAACUUCGAAUCCUUGCUUGUGUCCAUAAUGUUCGCCAAGCUGCGAGCAUGGUUAGCGUCUUAAGAAACUGUAAUGCCACCAGAAUUUCUCCUAUGCAAGUGUUUGGAGUUCGUCUGGUUGAAUUUAAGGGCCGCGCCGCCACCCUUUUUGCCACCCAUAUAGAGCAACCUUCCCACGUCGGAUCACCAAGCAUGGCCAUGUCAUCAUUGACCGAGUCAGAGAGCAUCGCCAGUGCCUUCAACGUUCUAGCAGAGUUGAACCACGCUGUCAGAGUUGAUACCACCGAUGCUAUGUCGGUGUAUGAAACUAUUCACGAGGAUAUAUAUAGCUUGGCCCAGCAAAAACUUACGUCCUUAGUUCUCCUCCCUUUUCACAAGCAAGCAGAUGUAGAAGGCGGUCUGGAGACAACAAAAGCUGUUUACAAAGACAUUAACAUGAAUGUUUUGCGAAAUCCUCCUUGUUCUGUGGCAACCUUCCUUGAUCGUGGUAUUGGGUCAUCAUCCAGAGUCAACAUGAGCAUUCUAACGCUCUUCGUCGGUGGCCCUGACGAUCGUGAAGCCUUGGCUGUUACAUGGAGAAUGGCCGGGCAACCAGGGAUGCAGCUCUCGGUGGUGCGGAUUGUUCUGUAUGGUGAGGCUACAGAUGUAUCACUCAAAGACGAAGCUCAGUGGCUAUCUUCUGAUAUAAUGGACGAGGAGAAACAAAAGUUGUUAGAUGACGAGUAUUUAAAUUCAUUCAGACUCAAGAUGGUUCAUAAUAAUGAUUUCAUUGCAUACUCGGAGGAGGAAGUGGGCAGUGGCGAGGAACUAACUUCACUCAUGCAUGAAUUUGCCAAAGAUGACUAUGACCUGAUCAUCAUUGGACGAGGGAAUAAUAGGAAUUCAGUGGUCUUUUCAAAUUUCUUGGAAUGGUGCGACAACCCAGAACUCGGAAUAAUAGGGGACAUAGUGGCGUCAAGCAAUUUUGGUUCCCAGUCUUCACUGCUUGUUGUACAGCAAUAUGAGUCUAUAGCAAUUGAGAGCACUCGAUGGCCCAGACAAUUGCCCACAAAUAGCGAUGGCUCUUAG